AUGUCGGCCUACCCAGUGACUUACAAUGGGUCUGCUGUCGGGACUGGCGGUGACUCGCUCACUCAGGACCUGAACAUCUACUACAAUGUAGGCAUCAUCCGCGAUGAGGGUCGUUUCUUCUACUCUGGUCUGGCCCGUCGCAAGUCAGCCCUCUCCCUGAUCUGGCUUUCCAUCAUGUCGGUCGGCGUCGUUUCGUUCCAGUGGUUUUUCUGGGGCUACUCACUGGCCUUCUCUCACACUGCGGGCAAGUUCAUCGGCGACCUCCAGAACUUUGGCUUUAGAAAUGUCCUGGCUGCCCCCUCGGUCGGCGGUACCAAGGUCCCGGAUCUUCUGUUCGCCAUUUUCCAGGGCAUGUUUGCUGCAAUUACGUGA